AUCGACAUGAUUCGUCUGUGUCGCAACACUGCCGUUGAUUACGACGACUCGCUACCUGUAGUUCUAGAAUUGGUGAUUCCUAACACGAACUAGUUCUUGAUUGUGAGCAGAGUAGCUGUUCGUCUCGGGAGAAUGGUUCCGGUGCGGAAAUGACUCGAGAUCCUAGAGGAAUCCUCCUGAACUGCUUCCAGCGCAUGUUUACCUGCAAGUAGGAUCCGGUCUACACCGCAAAGUCAAGAGCAUGUAGUCGCAGCUCCGGAGGAUUGCAGUAGCACUGCAUCUAUCCUGGUGUUUUCCAAAGUAAAGUUUACAGCACAGGGGUGGUAGCAAGGUACAAAGUUGAUGCCAGCUCGCAGCUGUUGAGAAGAGAUCGAGACAGUACAUCUUCACUUGUCCAUUACUCGCUUUUUGAAACCACUCUAUCCACUUAGUAGUCGUCAAUAUGGUAUCCUCAUUGAUAUUGGUUUCCCUCCUUGCCACCCUCUCAUCUGCGCAGAGGACGAAUUGUACUGGGGUCAACGCGAUUAGUCCCAAAUGCAGUAGCCCAGAUACAUUUCCAUAUACCCGCGACUUUUUCUACGUCGGCGGUAGACCUCUCACAGUUGCUACAGGCGAGUUGACGGCGGACAAGCUCUACGUCGAGAAGAUUACUCCAUCCCGUGGGCCUUACCAGUCCAAGCCACUGGUCUUUUCCCACGGUGGAGGUUGCACCGGAGCAACAUGGCUGAAUACGCCUGACAAUCGAAAGGGCUUCGCCGCCUACUUCGUUGAAAAGGGAUAUACUGUCUACAUCGUCGACUCGGUGGGUUUGGGUCGAAGUGCGGAGGCAGAUCUGACCAACUUUCCCAUGUCUGCCGGAUCAACGGCUCAACUGAUCGAACAGGGCUUCACUGGAGUAAAAUACUAUAACGCUUACCCACAGGCCCAACUGCAUACUCAAUUCCCCGGCUCGGGAAGAGUUGGAGAUCCCAUUUUCGAGAACUUCAAGAAACAAUUGGUUCCGUAUCCGCUGAACACCACGGCCUUUGAACUCGGCCUUCGCGCUUCUGGAUGUGCACUGCUCGAGCUCAUCGGGCCAUCGUACCUGAUCGCUCAUUCCGCAGGUGCCGGCACCAACAUGAUGUUGUCAAACGAUUGCCCGCAGUAUGUUGCUGGAAAUAUCAACUUGGAAGGCAGCACUAUACCAUUCUACUGGUACAGCUAUGGUACAACCGGCUACGCUUCCAACCCCUAUGGUCUUACAACAACCCCCCUUGACUACGACCCACCCAUCUCUAGCCCUUCCGAGCUUGUUGUCGAACAAGUUGGUAACGCCACCACCGCGCUGCGCCAAUGCUACCAACAAGUCGAACCUGCGCGCAAGCUGCCAAAGAUUGCCAAGGUCCCGUAUGUGCAGAUCACUUCAGAGGCCAGUGUGCACAUCACAUACGAUCACUGCAUUGUGAACUACUUGAAGCAGGUUGGCGGUAACCCUGAGUGGAUCAAGCUGAGCGAGAUUGGUAUCCGAGGCAACGCGCACUUCAUGCACUUGGAGAAGAAUAAUGGACAGAUUGCCGAUGUUGUCUUGAAAUGGAUUGCGAAGACUGAACGUAAGUAGUCUGGCGGUGGGAAUGAGGGUCUGUCGAGGUACAGGCUAUUUGGAGUAUAGUCUCAUGGUGUUUCUGAGG